GGUAUGACGACUGGUGGCCGAACCUAAGUGGAAGCUUUCAAUCAAAAGCCAAGCAGGCCAAGUUCACUUUAUUUGUACCGAGACUUACCUACCUCACUUCUAUCCAUCAUCAUCGACGCAAAUGGGCUUUACAUCGUGACGAACCCUUGGCAAUCUACCUUCCAUGAUCCCAUAAGUCCCGAAAGGCUUGGUUUUCUUCGCUCAGGUAGACAAUUCAGGUCAUCACCAAGCCUCCAUUUGCUCCUUUUUUGCUGUUGAUCACAACUACAUUAGUCCAUAUUUGUAUUUACAUAACCGACUCCUUGGGUUCUAUAGGCUUCCUUCGAUCGCGUUCUAUUCAUACGUUCACUAAUCAUCAUUCAACCGUUGGAUCCGACUUCAAAUAUCUCAUCGCAUCCCUACUCUAGAUACUUGCUCCGCGCAACCCGACUCCAACACGCUUCCGAUAAACCCGCCCGCGACGACAAAUACCUAGUUCUCGUGCAUCAUGAGAGUCCCAUCGCUACAAGCGGCAGACGCCGCAUUACUCCUGUCCCUACUACUAGCUCCUUUACCAACGGAGGCGAUGUUCAGGUGUAACCAAAUCGUUGCCGACAAGCAAAAAUUCGAUCUUUCCGCAUUAGGCGGUCCUCAUUCCGUCGUGACGAGUCACAUCGUCAGCGACUCUGCCCACAACACGACGUACACAGUAGACAUCUGCCGGCCGCUUAAGAAGAAGGGAGACGUGAAGAAGGACGAGCAAUGUCCGAACGGCGCUCAAGUUUGCGCCAUCAAGCGCAUAGGCGACGCGUUUGAAAAAGCUACUGCCAUCGCCGGCAAUCUGGAAAACGUCGGAGGUCACCCCCUCGAUCCCGAAGUCACGCGACUAAGCACUUCCGACUCGAACUCGGACUCGAAGAAGGAGGGCCUGCGCCUGGUGAUGAAGGGAGGGUUCGACAAGACCGACAGCGGCAAGAAGCGAGAGCAGAGGGCUAUCAUAGAGUUCCUCUGCGACUCUGGCCGGAAUGGGACUGAGGGCGAAUAUGAUCCCGCCGACGACAAAUACGAGUUGGGCGAUGACCCUUUGAUGGCUAGGACGAACCCGCUGCUAUUCCGCGCCGACGACGACAAAGGGGACGGCGACGAAGAUAAACCGCCGAAAGAGGUCCAGUUGGGUAUUGAGAGCGACCCCAGUCUGAUAUUCGAGAGCUACGAGCCGAUGGCCGAGGAUUCGAACAUCGACGUGUUGCGCUUAACCUGGAAAUCCAAAUACGCCUGCGAGAAAAGGGACGAUGACGGAUCGGACGAUUCCGGCGAAAAGCCAGAUCCGCAUUGGGGGUUUUUCACGUGGCUGGUUAUCCUCGUCUUCCUCGGAACCGCGUCGUAUCUCAUUUUCGGCUCGUGGCUCAACUACAACCGCUACGGAGCUCGGGGCUGGGACCUCAUCCCCCACGGCGACACUAUCCGCGACAUCCCCUACCUGCUUAAGGACUGGACUAGGAGGGUGCUUAACACGGUACAGGGGACCGGAAGUCGCGGGGGCUACAGCGCUGUUUGAAUCAGACGUGGGAAUGUACAGCCGUGCGAGGUCUCUCAUCCCGCAUGGUAUGGCGAGACAGCCGUGGAGUGGUUCUUGAAAGAUUAGGUAGAAGAGCCCGAUCUUUUUGGCGUUGGACGGCGGUCCGGGUUUGGCUUCGGUGUCUUAGUGUAAUCGGGUUCUCUUGCUUGUACCAUAGGUCGGAAAUUGGAGAGGGCUAAUACAGUUUCUGAAUUUGAGUCCUUUUAUCUUCUCAGUUCGAGAGUUGAAUCGUACGGAGUAUUGUUCGUCCCUUGGCUUGUGUGUAGCUAUUACAAAGGGUUGGACUAGGAAAUAU